GUGUUUCCUACCAAAAAAAAAAACGAAAAAGGUGUUUGUGUCUUCCCUCAAUUGCGCGUCACGUGUCUUUGAGCUCUCAUCACGGUGUCCGUGACGUAGCCGCCUGACGAAACUCAUGUUCUUCUUCUACUACUCUUACAAUUAAGUCUUUGAUUUUUUCAGACGGGAGCUUUUAAGACUUAUUGGUCUCAGUUUAAACGCUCUUCCAUUUCUAUUAAACGGAUCUCUUCGCUGAUCGCUCCAAUACAAUUUUUUUUUAUUUCGAAGGAAGAUAUGAGUUCUGAUACCAAAAGUUCACCUCCAAGUGAAUCUGAGAAAACUUUGCCACCAGAGGAGUAUCUAAACAAGAUAAAUGAAGUGAGGGGAUUACUAGGGCCAUUGACUAAGAAGUCAUCUGAGUAUUGUUCAGAUGCUGCCAUUGCCCGGUACUUAGCUGCACGUAACGGACAUGUCAAGAAAGCAACUAAAAUGCUCAAAGAAACCUUGAAAUGGAGGACUCAAUACAAACCCGAGGAGAUUCGAUGGGAAGAUAUUUCACGAGAAGCCGAGACCGGGAAGAUAUACCGAGCAAACUGUACUGACAAGUAUGGAAGACCGGUUUUGGUUAUGAGACCAAGUUGUCAGAAUACAAAAUCUCCUAAAGGGCAGAUUAGAUUCUUGGUAUACUGCAUGGAAAACGCAAUCUUGAAUCUACCGGAUCACCAAGACCAAAUGGUUUGGCUUAUCGAUUUUCACGGUUUCAACAUGUCGCAUAUAUCAGUCAAAGUGUCUCGAGAAACCGCUCAUGUGUUACAAGAACAUUACCCUGAACGCUUAGGCUUGGCCGUCCUAUACAAUCCGCCGAAGAUUUUCGAACCGUUUUGGAAGAUGGUGAAACCGUUUCUAGACCCAAAGACACGCAACAAGGUGGAAUUCGUGUACUCAGAUGAUAACCUAAGCAAGAAGAUUCUGAAGGAUAUCUUCAAUAUGGAGCAACUCGAGGUUGCGUUUGGUGGGGAAAACAGUGACUCGAGUUUCAACUCUGAGAAAUAUGCUGAGAGAAUGAGAGAGGAUGAUUUGAAGUUCUUUGGAAACACCACAGUGUCGUCAACCUCAGCUCUUUUGACCAACUCGGAUUCUGAAGUUUUAGACUCUGAAAAGAGCACUUGGACGACAAAUAAGAUGUGAAAAUCAAGAACGGGGCCUCUUUAGAUACAACAAGAGCCUAAACUUGAAGCCAAGAAUAGAAGAAACUUCUGGUUACUAAAUUCAAA